CUCUCCCUCUCCAUCUCUCAAGUGACCACAGUAGUCUUUUUACUUUUGAGCCAAGCAAUCACGAGACGCCCCUGAAAGUCCCUGGCUUUUGAGCUUGUCUUUCUACUGCUAAACAAACCUAAUCUCCUCAUCCUCUUCUCCCAAAACCGUGAAACUCUAGACUCUCUCUCUUUCUCUCUCUCACCUCUUCAAGACCUGCAUGAGAAAAAACUCUUCCUUUCACUUCAAUUCUGGACAAAAGAAGAAAAACAGGAGACCCCAUAAACUCAUCUUGCACUUUCAUGCCUUUCCUCCACCAAGAUCAGCUUCCUCAGCUUUCCUGAAGCCUUCCUUCAGGAUUCUUUCCUUCGGAAUUUAAAAACUGUGUCUAUUCAGAAAUGGAAAGCAGAAAACACCGAAUUUCAGUCCUUUCUCUCCGUUUUUCGAUCCCCUGUAACCUUUAGUAAAUUGCCUCAUCUUUUCUCUGUGUUUGUCUUUGUUUCUUUGUUUCUUUCUUUUUGGAAGUUUAUGUUCUUGAUUCAUGACCAUCUUUCUCUCUUUCACACGCUCGACAAGAACCCAUGUUUCUGAACCAGUUCAUGCACUUCCUGAAAUCAAUCCACACAUUCAGAAGGAAAAGCCAAUCCUUUUGAUUGGUUCUUGUCGAGAGACCCUCUUUGCUAACUAGCCAUCCCUUUCUCCCUCCCUCUCUGUCUCUCUUUGAAGCUCCAAUGGCCACCUCAUGUUUCCACGCGUUUCGCUUGAGGAAAUCAAAGAGCAAGCAAUUCUCGGCACCUUCGUCUUCAAGAACCAACUUGAAUUCAGACAUGGAGAACAUGGAGAGGAAGAGAUUCGAUAGCUUGGAGUCGUGGUCAAUGAUACUGGAGUCUGAAAAUAUGGAGUCCUGGGAAGCAUCAAGAGAAGAUCAAGAAGAGUGGACGGCCGACCUCUCCCAGCUGUUCAUAGGCAACAAGUUUGCUUCGGGUGCCCACAGUCGGAUUUAUCGUGGAAUUUAUAAGCAGAGAGCGGUGGCUGUGAAGAUGGUGAGGAUUCCGAAUCAGAACGAAGACACUAGAGCUCUACUAGAGCAGCAGUUUAAAUCUGAAGUCGCAUUGCUCUCGCGUCUGUUUCAUCCUAACAUAGUCCAGUUCAUCGCAGCUUGUAAGAAGCCCCCGGUAUACUGCAUCAUCACUGAAUACAUGUCGCAAGGAAAUCUGAGAAUGUAUCUCAACAAGAAGGAGCCUUACUCUCUCUCGAUCGAGACAAUCCUAAGGUUAGCUCUUGAUAUAUCCCGAGGGAUGGAGUACCUUCAUUCUCAAGGGGUGAUCCACAGGGACCUAAAGUCAAAUAACUUGCUUCUUAAUGAUGAAAUGCGAGUAAAGGUGGCGGAUUUCGGCACUUCGUGUCUAGAAACACAGUGCCAAGAAAGCAAAGGCAACAAGGGCACGUACCGUUGGAUGGCGCCAGAGAUGAUCAAGGAGAAGCCUUACACUCGUAAGGUCGACGUGUAUAGUUUUGGGAUUGUUCUGUGGGAACUCACCACAGCCUUACUUCCUUUCCAAGGAAUGACACCGGUGCAGGCUGCAUUUGCUGUGGCAGAGAAGAAUGAUAGGCCUCCUCUGCCAGAGAGCUGUCAGCCUGCGCUUGCCCACCUAAUCAAGCGUUGCUGGGCGGCGAACCCUUCGAAGCGUCCGGACUUCAGCGACAUCGUGGCUGUGCUAGAGAAGUACGAUGAGUGCGUCAAGGAAGGGCUUCCCCUCACUUCCCACUCGUCGCUGGUUAGUCGGAAGCGCAUCCUCGAGCGCUUGAAGGGCUGCGUGUCGUCCAUGAGCUCAUCUAUACCUGUACAUGCCUGACGCUUAAUUGUGAGGUAUAUACCUAUUGUUUUCUUCAUGAUUAGUUGUCUGUUGGCCGUGUACAUUCGAUGUUCUUGCAUUAAAGUAUGAUGUGAUUGUAUAUUGUUUAUUUGCCAUCACAAACGUCGCACUCGAAAGGUUCGGAAGAUAGGGGCGCCGCAAAUUUCCCC